AUGUCUGCCCCUACCAGACAGUUUCGUCGGCUUUCUAUUGGCGGGAACCUGCCUGAUACGCGGUCCCAAGCCGACAGAGCGCCGCAUUCAACAUCCCAUGGCCCAAGUAGUGGCGGCAGCGACAAUGAGUCCUUCGAAAGCUCCGAGGAAGAGGGCGAGAGCGAAGAAGGGGACUCGGCUGAAUCAUCAACUGUACAGGCAACCUCUGGUAUCACCUAUGAUCUCGCCCAUCUGGAUGGUGAUUCUGUGGCGAGAGCCCUCGUCGGCUUGACUGGCCGGUUCGAGGUUAUAAAUUGCCGCACCACCGGUAGGGGGUACAGUUUUCAACUUUCAGAACAGCCUCAGGUCACCAUCAGUCCAGACACUUAUUCUUGCACCUGUUUUACGUUUCAAAAUCGUCCUGAUGUGGCCUGUCAGCAUAUCUUUUGGAUUGUUGAUCAACUUCGUGGUUGCUUGACGCCUCAUCCUCCUUCCUCUGAUGUGCCGUUGACGAAUGACGGACGUUCACCGGAAUUUACGCGCAUCGAACAACUACUUGAAGGCCAACUGGAAACAGUUGCAGACCAACUCGGCUGUCAGUAUACCCGCUGUGAAGCAGACGGCGGUAUGAAUCGUCCGCAGAAUGUAAGAGACAUCAUGUCUGCCUUCAGUCCAGUCACGCUCCCUGAAGAGUUUCGACUGGACCUGGUGGAGGACCCAGAGCAAAGCCGUACCCCGGAGCAGUGCGUUGUUCAGGGCGACUUCGAAGCCACCAUGUUCCGGCUCGCCGUUCACGACGACGUUGUCUACAAUAGCCUUUGUAAAGCUAUGCCGCCCGGAGCCUGCGCAGCAAUCUACUUCGACAAAAUUCAGGAGAAAACACGAAGGCUGCUGGCGGAUUUUGAUCGGUACUGCCAGACUGGUCAAGCCCCGACGGAUGGGACCAGCGUGGAAGUCGGCGAUGUUGUUGAACAUCUGCAACAGAAUGUGGAUCGUGUGCAGGCAAAUAUCAUUGCGCGGGCUCCCCACGGCAUGGAAGGGGCAGCGAAAGCCCUUGUCACCUUGCUGGAGGACGUUUGCAACCGCAACAAAGAUGCACUGGAUGGCAACCGAUGGGGCCGAGCUAGCUUCCAAGGAGAAGAUGAGGACCAGCGCAAUCUAUACCAACAACUCAUCGGCAAGGCGGAAGAAACAGAAGAGUUUUUCGUCUUGGAUGCCCUAGAGCAUCUACCUCCUGGAGACCUCAGUCAAUUCGGGUCCAGGAUGAGGGCAAUGCUUCACAGAAACGAGGUUAAUCGCGCCCCGAAGGCCUACAUCAUCAAAUUGAGCGCUCUAGUACGACUGGCCGAGUCUACUUCUACUGGUUCUGGACAAAAACGGCCUGCUGCAGGUACGCCUGGAGGGAACAGCAAACGGACCCGAUGA